CAGCUCCCCCGGAGCCGGUGCGUCGAACCCCGCGCCAGCCCACCCGUGUCCAUGCCGCUCCGCGUGCAACCGCCGCCCGCCUCCGGGACCGGGCGCCCGCGCCCCGCGGUUCUGCUGCUCGCGCUGCUGCUGUCGCUCGCCCUGCAAGGGGUGGCGGCGGCACCCGCGGGGGCCGGGGAGCCCGAGGACUCCCCGAGGCGCCAGGACCCGGGGCUCCCGCGCGGGCUCCUGGAGCAGGCGGCGCGCGCGGCGCUGCACUUCUUCAACUUCCGCGCGGGCUCGCCCAGCGCCCUGCGCGUGCUGGCCGCCGUGCUGGAGGGCCGCGCCGGGGUUAAUCCAAAGAAGGAAUGUCAGGUUGACCUGGUGUUUACCACAGAUCGCUAUAACCCAGAGGAAGGUGAGGAACGCUUGGGGAAAUGUUCUGCUCGAGUGUUUUUCAGGAAUCAGAAACCCAGACCAGCUGUGAAUGUGACUUGUACACGCCUCAUUGAGAAGAACAAAAGACAACAGGAGGAUUACCUGCUUUACAAGCACAUGAAGCAACUCAAAACCCCCUUGGAUGUAGUCAGCAUACCUGAUAACCAUGGACAUAUUGAUCCUUCUCUGAGACCCAUUUGGGAUUUGGCUUUUCUUGGUGGCUCUUACGUGAUGUGGGAAAAGACAACCCAGUCUUUACACUACUACAUGGCACAGCUCAGCAGUGUUAACCAAUGGAAAACAAAUGAUGAUGCAAUCGAUUUUGAUUACACCGUUCUACUCCAUGAAUUCUCAACACAGGAAAUCAUUCCCUGUCGUAUUCACUUGGUCUGGUACCCUGGCAAACCACUUAAAGUGAAGUACCACUGUCAAGAGCUACAGACACCAGAAGAAGCCUCUGGAACUGAAGAAGGUUCAGCUGUGGCACCAACAGGGCUUAAUAAUUUCUGAAAAGAACAAAAGGUCUGCUUAUACCAAAUUCUAAACAAAGUGACUCUAUUAAAUAGUGUAAGUCAUUAUUCUGCUAAAAUAGGUAAGGUAUAAAGCAUUCUAAUAUUUUUUAGAAAGCCUGCAAAUUAUAAUACUUAACAAUUAAAAGAUUCUGUGGUUUUUGUUUUUUGAUUAGUUUGGUUUAUUUAGUUAAUUCUGGGAACACAAGCAUACUGAACUCUGCUCAGUGCUGAACAGUUUAUUCCACAAGUUUCUUGGGGAUUCAGCCCUAAAAUGUAAAAAACAAUCAAUUGGUAUGUACUGUAACUGGAUCAAUAAGUAUUUAUUUAGCAAAGCAAAACACAAAUUGACAGUCUUACCUUUAAAGCUGUAUUUCUCAUUGCUUUGAACAUAGCACAGCCAACUAUUUUCUAUUGGUAAAUUCCUUCUACUUAGUAUAUAAAAAAGAUAAUAUAUUUCAAUGAAAGCAAAUUGCAGAGAAAAUAGUACCAGUUUAGAACAAACUUUAAUAUUUUUUUAUCAUUUCAAGCAAGUAUUUUUUUAAUAUCUACUUUUAUAUAUAUAAUGUGUUCAGUGUGUUUAUAGAGAUUUGUAUACACAGGCAAAAUACUCAGUGCUAAACUGAAUUAAGUGAAC